AUGCAUCAUGACUGCAGCCCACCCAUCAUUCAUCGAGACAUAUCAAGCAACAACAUUCUCUUGAACAAAGAAAUGGAAGGAUUUGUUGCUGACUUUGGAGCAUUGAAAUUGCUUGACCCUAAUUCCUCCGACCAAACCGUUGUCGUAGGAACUUUGGGAUACAUUGCUCCAGAACUUGCGUAUAACAUCAUUGUGAAGGAAAAAUGUGAUGUAUAUAGCUUUGGAGUGCUUGCACUUGAAACAGUUGGAGGGAAGCAUCCUGGAGACCUCCUAACGUCUCUCAACUAUUCUAACCGAGAAGGUGCAACUUUGGAAAGUAUAUUUGACAAGCGACUCCCUUAUCCAACUGAUGACAGACAGAUUAAAAUUGAAAUUCUCCGUGUUUAUGAUGUUGCACUAGCAUGCAUUCGCAUGGACCCAAAUUCUCAUCCGACAAUGAGAAACGUGUCUCAGGAAUUAUCCAAGUGA